UCCUGGUUCAACAGCGUGUGCACACGUUGAAAUGUCAUCGUGAACACUAAACAAUCCGCAAAUUUAGCUACAUCUGUUAGGGUAUUCGGGUCGUUAUUUCAAGCAGUUCUUCUGACUUUUUCCGUCAAUCGGAGGACGCACACAGAUCAUGAAGGUUUUCAUAACAAGACGCAUCCCACAGGAGGGAAUGAAGAUUCUGUCACAGGCUGGAGUAUGUAAAGUGUCACUGUGGGACUCUGAUGAGCCUGUUCCGAGGGCGGAGCUUCUGAAGGGCGUGGAGGGGGCCCAUGGGCUGCUGUGCCUCCUGUCGGACAAGAUCGACACAGAGGUUCUGGACGCAGCAGGUCCAAACCUGAAGGUUAUAAGUACCUUGUCUGUCGGAUUUGACCACAUGGCCAUAGAUGAGAUCAAGAAACGAGGGGUGCGUGUGGGCUACACUCCAGACGUCCUGACUGAUGCCACAGCGGAGCUGACCGUUGCCCUGCUCCUGGCUACAGCUCGGCGGCUACCAGAGGGCGUGGUGGAGGUCAAGAAUGGAGGCUGGAGCACCUGGAAACCUCUGUGGUUGUGUGGUUAUGGUCUGUCAGGCAGCACUGUCGGUGUCAUUGGACUGGGACGCAUAGGUAUGGCCAUUGCCAGGAGGCUGAAACCGUUUGGAGUGAAGAGGCUCCUGUACUCUGGAAGAACUGCCAAAUCCUAUGCUGCUGAGGUGGAGGGAGAAUACGUGCCCUUGGACACGCUGGUGUCUGAGAGUGAUUUUGUCGUGGUGUCCUGCGCCCUCACACCAGAGACCCAGGGCCUGUGUAACAAGGACUUCUUCAGCAAGAUGAAGAACACCGCUGUCUUCAUCAACACCAGCAGGGGUGCAGUGGUGAAUCAGGAGGAUCUGUACCAGGCUCUGUCCAGUGGUCAGAUAGCUUGUGCUGGGCUGGACGUCACAACCCCAGAACCACUCCCCACCGACCACCCCCUCCUCACCCUCAAAAACUGUGUGGUCUUGCCCCACAUUGGCAGUGCUACCUACUCCACACGUGGCAUCAUGGCAGAGCUGUCCGCAAACAACCUGCUAGCAGGCCUACAGGGCACAGACAUGCCCAGCGAACUCAAAUUCUAGUGCUGCUCUACAACUACUCAAUUCUGCCUGGGUCCUCCUGUUAGAAUGAUUUUUUUAAUCAACCAAUCAGUAGUCUUUACCAGGGAAGGUAAAAGCCUUAAGUAACCAGGAAGGAAUCUGUGUUGAGAUUAUUGCAGUUCUAUUAAAGAAAAGUUUCACCCGUUUUGAAUGUUUUAUCAUUUUUGUGCGUCUCUGAGCGAUGUUCUAUCGAUUCCCGGGGAUUUUCAUGUGUUUUCAUGUGUACCUGAGCUAUUCGUCGUUCAAACAUGCAGAAAUACAGCCAGUAUGCCAUGUUUUGCAUCGCAAGAAAUACAGCCGGUAUGACGUCUUUUGCGUCAUAGAAAUACAGCCGGUAUGAUGAAUUUUGUAUAUGAUGUAAAAUUCGUCCUUUCGGCUGUAUUUAUGCCUGCUUGAAUGGCAAAUAGAUGCACAAAAACUGUAUAACAUUUAAAAUGGGUGAAUGUUUCCUUUAACAUGCUCUCCUAACAUGAAGGUAAACUUCUGCCUCUUGCUCUUACUGUUUUAUAAGAAAGAACUAACUUAUAAAAUGUUACUUGAAAGAGGAAGUGUAUAGUAUUAGUGUUUUGAGAACAUGCCUUAGUACACUAACAGUACUCCUAAGGGUCAGCCAUGACUUCCUUUUAAAGACGUAGAAAAGCACUACAAUGUCUCUGCACACAAUUCAUUAGUGGCCUUCUUGUUCUUAUGAAACACUGUCGAAUUGUACAAAAUACUUGAAUAAAAUAGUAGUUGUAAUGGUAAUGUUUUCUCUUGUUCUCAUGACAGUUUUGUGUUUGUUGAGAUAUGCAUCUCCAUUGUAUAUUUGUGCAUAAUUCUAAGAAACACCAUCUCUAAUUAAUCUAUGGUAAAACACCUCGUCUGUAAUCAUUGUUUCAAACCAGCUGAUCCCUCCCUCUAACAUGGUUUGUCAUUCUGGCUUUGUUGAAUAAAGUAGAAAUGUUGUACAGUA